CGAAUACAGUGCAGGUCUCCGGGUGUCCGAUUCAGCGCGGUGUCUCAGGCCGGCAGCAAGUGGUCGACAUGUCGUCCCCGCAGGCCCCGGAGGAUGGGCAGGGCGGUGGCGAUCCCCCCAGAGACCUCCGCAGCGUCCUGGUCACCAGCGUGCUCAACCUGGAGCCGCUGGACGAAGAUCUCUUCAGAGGAAGGAAUUACUGGAUACCCAAAAGCAAGCGGCUGUUUGGGGGUCAGAUUAUGGGCCAGGCCCUGGUGGCUGCAGCCAAGUCUGUGAGUGAAGACGUUCAAGUGCACUCCCUGCACUGCUAUUUUGUAAGGGCAGGGGACCCGAAGGUGCCAGUUUUGUACCAGGUAGAGCGGACGCGAACAGGAGCGAGCUUCUCCGUGCGCUCCGUGAAGGCUGUGCAGCAUGGCAGGCCCAUCUUCAUCUGCCAGGCCUCCUUCCAGCAGGCCCAGCCCAGCCCCAUACAGCACCAGUUCUCCAUGCCCACUGUGCCCCCACCGGAAGUGCUGCUUGACUUUGAUACCCUCCUUGACCAGUAUUUAAGGGACCCUAACCUCCAAAAGAAGUACCGAGUGGGCCUGAACCGAAUAGCUGCCCAGGAUGUGCCCAUUGAGAUCAAGUUGGUAAACCCACCCACCCCGAGCCAGAUGCAGAACAUGGAGCCCAAACAGAUGUUCUGGGUGCGAGCCCGGGGCUAUAUUGGGGAGGGCGACAUCAAAAUGCACUGCUGCGUGGCUGCCUAUAUCUCGGACUAUGCCUUCCUGAGCACAGCAUUGUUGCCCCACCGGUGGAAUCAUAAGGUGCACUUCAUGGUCUCCUUGGAUCACUCCAUGUGGUUCCACGCCCCUUUCCGCGCUGACCACUGGAUGCUGUAUGAGUGCGAGAGUCCCUGGGCUGGUGGCUCCCGGGGGCUGGUCCGUGGGCAGCUGUGGCGUCGGGAUGGGGUCCUGGCUGUAUCCUGUGCCCAGGAGGGCGUGAUUCGAGUGAAACCCCAGGUCUCAGAGAGCAAGCUAUAGCCAGAGGUACCAGCUUGGCCUGGGGCUUGAAGGAUCUCCCUUCUCCCCAGGCUCCUGAGGCGGGAGUUCUAGAUGAGGGCUGGGCCUUCUGGGCCUAACAUCCAAUAAAGAGACUGAUACCACUGG